AAAAGAUCUAAUAUGUCAGAGAGAGAAGACGAGAUUGAUGAUAGAAUAGAGGAAGAUAACGAUAAAACUCAAGGCCAGCAAGAAUCAUCUUGGAGAGGAAAUAAUAGUAUUGAAAAAUAGCAUAUUUUACCUCUUCACAGUGACAUUUAUCUUUAUAAUCUUCUCUCAAUUACACGUUUCAAAUUCUUUCAGUAUAAACGACACAAUCCGAAAGGCCAUCAAUGAAAAUGAGAACCCUUACACCUCUGCUCAAACUCUUAAAGAGUUCUAUCUUGCUUUCGAAGAAAUGGUUUUCCAAAUCUACAAAGACAACAAUUCCACCAACUCGGUCCACAAUGUGAUCGGUACCAAAUUCAUAGUUUCAAAAGUCAGAAUGACUCAGAGAAGAAUAGAGAUGAAGAAUAACACAAGCGAAAUCAGCAAGAACUUUAUACCUCUUAUCUGGGCAGGCCCAGGAAUUAUAUACAGUGAUAGCAAAAAGAGUUAUGAGAUGACAGAGUAUUAUGCUCCACAACCAAUGGAAUCGAUCGAUACAAAAGUCGCCUCAAGCUUUUAUUAUAAUGCCAUCAUUCCUGGAUACCAAGAUUAUCAAGAAAACCUUUCUUACGAAAAGAAAGGAGGCUAUGUUAUUAAUAUAGAUGUCCAUAACCAACCUUAUGGUGAGGUAGACAACCAACUCCAACUUAUCGACGAGUAUGGAUGGCUAGAUGCUCAGACAGCUAGCCUUAUCAUUGAUUUUGCAGUUUACAAUCCCUACCUCGAAAUUCUCACGUAUGUUCAAAUCGAGUGUACAGUGAACCCGUCUGGGCGCCUUCUGAUCGAAAUCGACACUGAGUCGAUCAAAAGAUCUUAUUACGCAACUGCCUUCGAUGUCUUCCGGUGCGUGAUCGAGUUUGCAUUCCUGGCUAUCUGAGUUAUAUACAUCAGCCGCAAAGUGUAUGAAAUUUGGCAAGAAUACAAAGAGAUCCACAACCAGUUCUUGAAAGACGAAAAGAAAAAGAAAAUUCAGAAAGAAGAAGCCAAGAGAGCAGAAGAACUCGAGCGAGAACAGCGCGAUGGAGGCAGGUCGAUCGAGUCCAGAGACAAUGACCAAGUCAAAAAGCUUAUCAAAAUUGGAGACCAGUAUGCUCAGAAAGGAACGAGUUUCUUGUUCACAGUGUUCAACUUCAUCAGACUCGUGCUCAGAGGAAUUUACAAUUUCUUGAAACAGCCGACUAACUUUAUCGAUGUAGCGAACAUCAUUAUUCUCAUGUGGAGCAUCAUCGUUUGGAUCAUAUUUGUGGUGGCUCAUGGCUCAAGAAUAGACAUGGGGAGUGCUGAAUUCUUUGCUGAUCCUGCCAACAAUCAUCACAUCGAAGACGCUGUUAGCUGGUUCAAACUAUACCAGCGUAUUGUGUCUCUGAACCUGAUCCUGACCAGCUUCAAGUUUCUGAAAUAUCUGGGAAUUAUGGUGGAGAGAGUCACAGUGAUGUUCCGCGUGAUCAACCAUGCAAGGUCAGACAUCAUUUACUUCUUUAUCUUGUAUUUGAUUAUUUUCAUUUCGUUCACCACAACAUUUCACAUUUUCUAUGGGUCGCAAGUUGAGCGCUUCUCAACUUAUGGAGACUCAUUCAACACGCUUUUUCUGUACUUGGGCAGGAACAUUCUGCAGAUCGACGAAAUGAAGGAAAUGAGCUUCAACUUUACAGUGAUUUACUUCAUCAUCUUCAUCACUUCGAUGGACUUCAUCCUGAUGAACAUGUUCAUUGCAAUUAUUGCUUUGUCGUACUCCACUGUCAACAAGCAGAUGAAAGAAGUCAACAACGAGAAAAUACUCGAGCACACUCACUGGAGCGUAACCCUGUACGGAUACUACAAAUCUAUCAGGAAGUGGCUCAGAAAGCUCAGGGCCAAAAGACCCGAUAAAAAAGAGAAGGCUCAAAGCCCCCAUUCAGAGAAAGAGUCUGAACAACCAGAACACUCCGAAGACGAGUCUAAACAGCCUGAUGACUCAGAAGAAGAACAAGAUCAGCAAGAAGAGCCCUCCCCUGAAGAUGACUCCAACAAAGAGCCAGGCUCCAAGAGUGAUGAGGACUCUAAAAACGAGCAUGACGAGAUCGGGCCAGAAGACGUCAGUGUUGCUCUCGAUGAUGACAGAGUCAAAACCAAGAUUGGGAGCGACAACAGAGCCUUGUCUCAGAGCAAUCUCAAAAGCGUAUAUUCUCAAGCAAACUCAGACAUUGACAAUGAAGAAGAUGACGAUGAAGGAGCCGCAAAGAUCGAUAACAAAGAAGAAGACGAAGCCAUCAGACAGGAGCUUCUUAAAAUGGACUGGAACAAAGAGUUUUCGCUUGAUGACUUCAGAGAUAAGAACCGAGUUGACGAAGCUGUUCAAAGUGAAAGAGAAGUUCUGGAGAGCAACCUCAGAAAAGAAAAAGAACUUGGAAAGAAACUCUGGAGUCUGAUUGGCUACAUCUGUUUCUUCGGGUUCUUCUCCUAUCUUGCAUUCUCACAAGUCAGAGUUUCAAUGUUCAGUAUGUACAACGAUGCGCUCAAGAACAGUAUUGAAGACCCGCUUGUUUUGACAACUGAAGAUGUGUAUCAUAACAUCACACAGCUAGAAGACUUCAGAGAAGUCAGAGAGUGGAUUUCCAGAGGCUUGACACAAAUUUACGAAGUAUCAGCAGAUGGCCAAUACUACUUCAUCAAUGACUACAACUAUAUCAUUGAGGAAAGCCUGAGGUUCUGUUUUCAACGUUCAAAGCCUGAGACUUCAAAAGGGAAGGGACCGGUAUCUGCUGAGUGGGACAGAGGUUCUGGAGGAGUGGACACACAAGACUUUAUAGGGGACGCUUCUGGGUUCGAAUACAAAUACACUAGUGAUGGAUUCCAAGGACAAGGCAGUCACUGUCGGAUCUUCAACCUUGCCAACUACGAUACCGAAAAGACCAAGUUUAUCGACGACGGCAUAAUUGGAGACUCAAUGAGGUUCUUGUCAAUCGAGAUGGUCACCUAUGAAGCAUCAAACUCUUUCUAUACUUACAGUGCAAUUAUCAUCAAUCUCAAGAGCAGCGGUGAACUGAGCACAAAACUCGAUAUUGCGUCUAUUGACAUUCGGAGACCUCGGCCUCUGGAUGUUCCGGAAUAUGACAGCUGGUAUGACUGGAUCCGCACGAUUUUCGAAAUUACAUUCAUUGUGAUAACUUUAGUGAUGAUAUACUUCUUUUACAAGCGCAAGCGGAACAUCCUAGCUUUGUAUCAUAAAUGGGAGAAUGAAGAGAUCAACCACCUUCUCAAAAUACGCACUGGGCUUGCAGGAAAGCGUCAGCGCUGGAAGAACAGACCAGAAAUCUUCAGGAAAAUCUGGAGUCUGAUCGACUUCUUUACGAUAUUCGAAGUGGCUUUCUUUAUACUUAUAGGAAUCAUAUCAUGAGUGUGGAUCGUGUAUCUUGCAAAGUAUCAGAAACUAAACGAUAGUUACCAAGGCAGGGUAGAAUCAAUGUAUAAUGAGUUUUAUGAUGCAAAGGAGCUGUUCAACGACUACAAAAUCUUGCUGUCAUUUGCAAGCAUCUGCAUAUCAUUCAACUUGUUGUCUUACUUCUUCAUGAUAAAGCACACGUUGGCAGACUCGAAGCUUGAAAUCCUGUACUUCUUGCUGUUCUACAUCAUUCUGAUUCUGGGCUUUGUAUCGAUGAGCCACUUGACAUUCGGACCAUAUAUCAAAGAGUACCAUACGUUCGGAGACGCCAUGGUGGAGUGCUUCUCGAUCAUUCUAGGCGACUUCGACUACAUCGCUCUUGAAAACGUAAGUGCGACCAUGGCGUUUCUGUUUUUCUACAGCUACAACAUCAUCUUCAUUUUCAUUCUGGCGAACAUGCUGCUGGCAAUCAUGAACACUGCGUACAUCCAGUCGAAUGCGAAGAGGAGGAGGAAGAAGUCCACCAAGGGCAAACUACGGAUGCUACUCAGGGCAUUCUUCUACUGCUGUAGGAGGAACAAACAGGAGAUCGAAGACGAAGCUGGAGGCCAAAACGAAGACAAUGAUGAUGGCCCAGAGGGAGCCCAGAAAGGCCGAAAUAAGAAAUUACAAAAUAAUUACGUACUGAAUGAGCUAGGUCAGAUGAACCUCCAAGAACUCGGCAUCUAUACCAAAAACGAAGAAGAUUACAGACUUUGGGCUAUCAAUUGUGCCGAAGAGGUAAUACAAGAAAACACCGAGAGAGCUAAGCUAAGAGAAGCAUGGUACCAAGAAUUAGAAAAAGGCAAUUUUAGGUCAUAACUUUGUAGGUGAAAGUAACAGAAUAAAGACUAUUGAAGCAAGAGUGAAUUAUUGGGACUACAUGCGUAAGGCAAUACAGAUAUAUGAUCUACAAAAUGGAGUAAUUGAGCAUCAAAAUCAAAAAUUAAUUGAAAAGCUUGAAACUAAGAACCAUCAUUAUCAUCAAGAAGUCGAAAAGACUGAGCAAAUGUACAAGUACAUCAGUCUUCUAGAAGGCCCAGUCUCAGCAAACCUAAAGAUCGUUGAAGAAUGUAAAGAACUGAAGAAGGAUCUUGAAAAAUACGAUACCAAUAAUUUAAAACUGACUAGGGCGAAGCAAGAAAAGGAAGAAGAGUAU